CCACAAGUAUCAGUACUUCCAGAAAAACUGGUGAUGAACGAAACACAAUCAGCGGAUGUCAUAUGUUCCGCUACGGGUGAUCCGCCAUUAUUACUUUACUGGAAUACAACCGGCCUAUUAUCGAACUAUUCUACAGGGGAUGUUGAAUUGCUAGGCCUAAUAUCUUAUGAUGAUACAAAUGGUAGUACUGAUCUCAUAAGCAAUUUGGUGGCCAAUGAUAACAAUACCAUACAAGUACUCACUAUCUACAGUUCUCAUGGAGCGGACAAUGGGGUUAUUACUUGUAUAGCUGAAAAUGACAUUGGACAAGAAGUUGCAGAAGUUUCUUUGGAGAUAGGAGCUUCACCCAGAAUAAUUCAAAUGAGCGUCGAGAAAAAUUUCUAUUGGUGCAUUUAUUAUCAGGUGGCGGGAUUUCCAAAGCCUCAUCGGACGUGGUACUUCAACAACCAACCCUUACAGAAUCCACUUAUCAGAGAUUUAGAAAAUGCCUGGACAAUGAAAAACUCAUAUUUAGCAGAUGGCUGCUUACAGUUGGAAAGAGCUUCACAAGUAAAUGAAGGGCUAUAUACAGUGAUUGCGACAAAUUCUUUAGGGGAAGUGAACUAUACGAUAGAUGCUAAAUUUCAUAAAGAUCCAGUACUUAUAGCACAUCCAACCUACGUUCCACAGGGGAGGCCUCCCCCUCCUCUCGAAACUUUUAAAAAGAAGACAGAAAUCGAAGAAAAAAAUAAAUCAUCUGCAAUGAUAUCAACUGGUUUUACAGCAAGUGUUGUUGCUAUAGUCUGUGUCUCGGUAUUUGGAAUAGUUUGCCUGAUCCAAUGGAAAAAAUAUCGGAAUUCUCCGGAUCAGAACGUUGGAAUUUCACCUUUGCUUUUUCUGUGUUUUCUACGUCGAAGAAGGAGAAUUUUGAGGGAAAGAAUCCCCUUAAACUCUUCUCAGAUGGUUGAAAACCCUAAUUAUUCGAAAGAAAACAACAAAACAUUCACUACAGAAAUCCCUCACAUAGCAAGGGAAAAGAUAAGCUUCAUUCAAACUUUGGGCGAAGGAGCGUUUGGACGUGUUUUCCUCGGGACAGCGGAUUACCUAACUCCGGAUGAGCCGACAACUUUAGUUGCCGUCAAAACUUUAAAAGAUUCAGAUUUGGAGGAUGCUAAAAUAGACUUUGAAAGGGAAGCCGAACUAUUGUCCAAUUUGAAGCAUAAUAAUAUCAUAAAAUUUUAUGGUGUUUCAGUUGACGGGGAAGCACUCAUGAUGUUGUUUGAAUACAUGGAGUAUGGAGAUUUGAACAAUUUUUUGAGAGACAGAUCUCCUGCAGUUUCAAAACCAGAGAUAGAAUUGCAUAAAUAUAAUCAUUUAACAAUACCUGACUUGAUACACAUAUCGUGUGAAAUAUCAAAAGGCAUGGAAUACCUCGCGAGCCAGCAUUUCGUCCAUCGUGAUUUAGCCACUAGAAACUGCCUUGUUGGCGACCAACUUGUUGUCAAAAUUGGUGAUUUUGGCAUGUCAAGGGAUGUUUAUAGCACAGAUUAUUAUAGGGUUGGAAGGCAUAAUAUGCUGCCCAUAAGAUGGAUGCCACCGGAAAGCAUUCUUUACCGGAAGUUCACUACUGAAUCCGAUAUUUGGAGCUUUGGUAUUGUGAUGUGGGAGAUUUUUACUCUAGGAAAACAACCUUGGUAUGAACUUACGAAUCACGAGGUUAUUCAGCAAGUGACGUCUAAUAAGAUACUCCCCCGUCCUCAGUCAUGUCCAGGCGAAAUAUAUCAUCUCAUGCAAGCUUGUUGGCAGACAAGACCACAUGAAAGAAUGCAGAUGAAAUCUAUCCAUGCCAAACUUCAACAGCUUUGCAGUGAGCGAACAGAACCUGAAUAUUUGGAAGUGGUAGAUUGACAUAUGCUUAAGGGUCAUCUUUAUAAGGUGCCCAAAAUAAUCUGUGAGGAUGAAAAGUAACAUCCAAAAAAUUCCUUUGUGAAAGAAGAAUGUUCCUUUAAUCCGUGAAUUCCAUAGGUGGUUCACAUAAUUUAUUUCGAAAAGUUUAGUUUUUUACGACUCUUUGUCUCCCUUACUGCUCAUCUCAAUAGCAACUGUGUGUUUAAAUCUAUGAGCACUUUUUCAUUUAUGUAGAACUUAAGUUUUUAAUCACGAAAUACACUUAAGUACCAUUGAAUUAGACAAGUUAAUAAUGAGUUGAGUCUUUGGCUUCCGAAGCACAUACAGCAAAAUUAGCAUCGCACAAUUCACGUUCUGACUCUACGUCUGGAACCCCUGAUUUAGCUAUGUGCCAUAUCUGAACUACUGUUUGGUUUCACAGGUUAUGUAGGUAAAACUUGACUAGCUACGUGCAAUCAUGCGUACACCACACUUGUUCAAGGUUAUAUGUUCUUUAUAGUUUGUUCGCUCGAUAGUAUUUUACUCAAUAUUCGAGACAGGCGCCUAUUAUUUCAAGCAAAGGCGACAAACUUAAAAGUUCGCACAAUUGAAGCAAAUUACUUAACACAGUACUAGCCGCAUAUGCAGUUAUCGUAGCAUUUUCGCUUGAGCAUAAAUGAGGCCCAAAGAUACGCAAUUUGCGUAUCUAUCUCAAACUACCCUAGACGCUUAGGUAAUUCAUUUUCAAUUAUAAAAUAAGUGUAGGAUUUCGUAGGCUGAUAUUGUCUAGAACAGCGGUUUCCGAAUGGUGUUCCGUGGAACCUUAGGGUUCCGUGAAAAAAUGAAGGGUGUUCCACGAGUUCGUACUAUUUAUAGCCAGUAAUGAGUUUUUAUCCUAUGAUUAUAUUUAAAUAAAACCUUUAAUUCGUAAUUCAGUUAAUCUUUCGUUUGCCUUUAUGAAAUUACUUCAAUUAAAAUACCAAUGAAAUGGAAAUGGUAUUUUUUAAAAGAAAAUGUAAUAUUUCAAAUAACAAUAUGUUGGAAAAAUUAGGAAAAAAACUAGUAUUUAUUGUAUUAGUAUUUCCUAUCGCGCUUUUAAAAGCAAAAUGAAAUAAUUAAUUAAUAAAGAGAUAUGUUUCCCUAAAUACGAUUUUCUACAGCAGCUUUCUUCCCAAAGUAAACUUUAAUUUGACUAAUUUUAUUCAUUCAUAUAGAUAUACCGAAAACAUAUUCAUAACUGGACUAGAGUAGAGCAAUCUGGGCAAAUUUAAGUAUCGGAUAUGAAACCAAAUUUAAGAUUAUUAAUGAUGAAACAUUAAAAAAUUUUCGUUUCUCUAAUUAAAUAUUUUAAAAAUGGUUUUUAAAGCAGCGUAAUAGUUUUUCUAUAACAUUCUCAAUUAACUUAAUAAACUUUAUUUAUAAAGUCGGGGUUCUGCCAAGAGAAAGUUGAUUAUUUCGGAUUCCGUAGGUGACAAAAAUUGGAAACCGGUGAUCUAGAGUAUACCGAAAAUUCACAAUUAGUGGGGAAAAACUGGCUAUCGGAGAAUGCAAUUGAUAAAUAACUCUUAACGAACGUGGUGUACAUCGAGAGUGUAACUAUAAUUGUACGCAGGCAAUGAAACCAAGCAUUAGCUCAAAUUGACUCUAAGCUAAAUAAGGUUCCCGUUCGUUAAGCCAGCAAACGAACCGUGCAACACUCAUUUUACCGAAUGGAUUUUGGGAACGGCAGGCACAACUCAUUAUUAACUUGCUAUCCCUAAUUUAAGGCUACUUCCGUGUUGCUGUACCUAACCUUCCUGCAACAAAAAGUUUGGUUCACAUUUCGGUUAUAACAAACAGGAAGCUAAGAUUGUUUACUAAACACAUUCCCUUUUCUCAAACUAAGCAACAUUGUAAAGAAUAAGUAUAUUACUUUUUAUUUUAAAUCUCUGUUGGCAAACACUUGAUAACGUCCUAAUGUUAUUAGGUAAUAAAUGAAUAUAUUAUGAAUUUUGUCAAUAAGUUUUAACUGAAAUAGAAAGUAAAUCAGCAUGCAAUGGUGUAACUUCUGAUGAAAUCUACAAAUUCUCUACAAAUGAAAAAUAUUGCUGAUUUAUCAGAAACAAACCAAUAUUUCAUUUGUUAGUCCAAAUUGGUACCACGUUACCUUGACACAAACUAUAUUGGCAUCAAAAUAUACUGGAAACUAUACUGUAUUUUGUAGGAAAUGAUAAUAACAUAUCUUAACUCUUAUUUUUGUGCUCAAGAUCAAGAAUGAAUGUUGAGACGUUUCACUUCUAAGGGAAUUUUUGAAAGGGAAUAUGGGUGAUUCUCUAAAAACUUGACCUUUUCAAGUCGUAAAUUAUAAAAAACUAAAAGUGCUUUUAAAAAUAUUAAAAAAAUCAUAUUUACUCUUUGUAAGGCACUUAGCAAACAAACAAUAAAGGGAACUCAUUUUAGCGAUGCUAGCUAUUAAGUCAAUCUUCUUGCUCAGAAAAGGCCAAUGACAUAUUUGCACACCAAGAAUGUGACAUUUUUUUUAAUAUGCUACAAUGUUCUAAAAGCAAAUUUGGGCUUAGAAAGUUCUUCUAU